AUAUCGCACGCUUCAAGGGAAACGGUUGGGAUGCGACUCAGCUGGGUUUGGCUUAUGUUGGAGGCGCUUGUACUUCGCUUAAGGUGGCUCUUGGGGAAGACAAAGCCGACACAUACAAAGGCGUUCGGAUAUCGGCGCAUGAGAUGGGACACCUGCUAGGUUGUCCACACGAUGGCGAGAGGCACAAGACGUUCACCUCAGAGGGUUGCCCCUGGAAUACUGGUUUCAUCAUGUCAUACGUUGAUCACAACAGCAGAAGCAUGAAGUUUUCGACCUGCUGCAAUGACAUGAUACGCCAACACGUAAAUUCUCAAGAGGGGAUUUGCUUGCGAACAAAAAAUGCAAAGAGAAAAAUAAAGAAGACGAACUUCACUAGAGACCUUGCUGGAGACCACUUAGGCAGAGACCAGUUCUGCAAGCUUACUUAUCCUGAAUUUCCAGGUACAUAUGUCCUGCCGGAUAACGGUGUAGGAAGGUGUCACGUGUGCUGCUACAUGCCUGAUUAUAUUGCAAGCGUUGGCUAUAAGAAAGUCUUCCUCCCAGACAACUCUCGUUGCAACGAAAGUGAUGGUAGUGUUUGCAUUAACGGCGACUGUGUUCUUGAAAAACCUAAAUAUGUGCAAUAUCAGCCAACAAAAUAAUAUAACUUACAAUCCUCAAAAAUGUCCAUCUGCUUCUAACUGGAAUAUAUAUGCCAUUUAAAUGUACGCACCGAAACUAGAAUGUCCGGUCGGUGGAUUUCAACAUGGUGCCUCCAGGAUGCUUGUACGAUGAUGUUAUAACCAUGACAUCACAGGCACAUUCUUCUCUUACCAUUUUUCGAAGAGACAUGCACAUUGUAGGACUUCAGCGAAGCUAUCUUCGUAGAUAUAACUCGAGCGUCUAACCUUACAGGUUUGGGUUAUGUUGGAGGCGCCUGCACUUUGCUAAAGGUGGCGCUUAGCGAAAACAAAGCCGACACAUACAGGGGCUACAUUCAUUCAUCCAUUCGGAUAUCGGCGCACGAGAUGAGACACCUGUAAGAGUACUUUCUAUGGUAUAGAAAGCUGUGCUGAGUUAUAAAGAUAUUAUUCGCUGUUGAGAACAAGUGAAUUCUGC